GUCACGUCGGAGGCAGAUGUGCAGUCAGCAGUGGCUCUGGCCAGAGAGAAGUUUGGGAAGCUGGACAUUGCAGUUAACUGUGCCGGCAUUGCUAUUGCUUWUAAAACGUACAGCUUCAACAAGGACUUCCCCCACCGUCUGGAGGAAUUCCAGCGUGUUCUUAAUGUGAACACCGCAGGAACCUUUAAUGUGAUCCGCCUGGCUGUGGGUGAGAUGAAGAAGAACAAGGCGGAUGCAGAUGGACACAGAGGCUGCAUCAUUAACGCUGCCAGUGUGGCAGCUUUCGAUGGACAGACCGGACAAGCAGCCUACGCUGCUUCUAAAGGUGGCAUCGUUGGAAUGACCCUCCCCAUUGCACGAGAUCUGGCACCAAUGGGCAUCAGAGUUGUCACCAUAGCUCCUGGGUUAUUCGCCACUCCUCUCCUGAGCAGUCUGCCAGAGAGGGUCCAAUCCUUCCUUGCACGCCAGGUGCCCUUUCCUCCUCGCCUGGGAGACCCCGCGGAGUUUGCCCACUUGGUGACAGCGGUGGUGGAGAACCCUAUGCUGAAUGGGACGGUCAUCAGACUGGAUGGAGCCCUCCGCAUGCAGCCCUGAUUCUGUGUGUUUGUAUCAACAUGUCAGGAUAAAACUAGUGUCAUCUGC